AUGGCUGAAAAGCUGCAGCAGCAGCUGAUAGAACUGGGAUCCAGCUUGGAGAAACCUCCUUCUUCAGCAGACGCUUUGGUUGAACUCUUGAAGCAAGGUGUGGCAUGCCUAUCUGAGUUGGACCAGUCACCUCCAAAAUCAAUGCUGGAGGCCAUGCAACCUUUCUUAAAUGCAAUUGCCGAGCCAGCACUUUUGAAUCAUCAGGAUCAAGAAGUAAAACUUUUUGUUGCUGCUUGUCUGUGCGAAAUAACUCGAAUUACUGCACCGGAGCCCCCUUAUGAUGAUGAUACUUUAAAGGAUAUUUUCCAAUUGACUGUCAGUACUUUCAGUGGCUUAAGUGAUACAAGGGCCCCGUCAUUUGCAAAUAGAGUUGUUAUUCUUGAUACUUUGGCAAGAUACAGAUCCUGUGUGGUGAUGCUGGAUCUUGAAUGUGAUGAUCUCAUAAAUGAAAUGUUCAAUAUCUUAUUUGCUGUAGUCAGAGAUGAACAUCAUGAGAAUGUAUUGACUUCAAUGCAAACGAUAAUGGAGGUUCUCAUAGAAGAAAGUGAGGAUGUACAAGAAAACCUUGUACUUACAUUGUUGUCUGUGAUAGGCCGUGAUGAGGAGGAUGUGACGAUGGCUGCGAGGAGACUUGCUAUGAGUGUGAUAGAGAAUUGUGCCGGGAAACUAGAACCUGGCAUAAAGCAAUAUUUUGUGUCUUCAAUGUCUGGAGAUAGCAGCUCUGUGAAACCUGAUAUCAGUUACCAUGCUGUGCUUUAUAAUAUUUACCAGUGUGCUCCUCAAAUCUUGACAGGACUUGUUCCUUAUAUCAAUGGAGAGCUAUUGAGUGAACAAGUGGACACUCGUUUGAAAGCAGUGGGUUUAGUUGGUGAACUCUUUGCUCUGCCUGGAUCUACAAUUUCUAAAGCAUUCCAGCCAGUCUUCACAGAGUUUCUGAAAAGGCUUACUGAUAGAGUGCUAGAGGUUAGGAUGGCUGUCCUUGCACAUGUCAAGUCUUGUCUUCUGGUCAAUCCAUUCAGAGCUGAAGCUUCUCAAAUAAUAUCUGCCCUUUGUGAUCAUUUGUCGGACGACGAUGAGAAUGUGCGUAAACAAGUUGUCUCUAUCGUUUAUGAUGUAGCAUCAAAUGCCCCCACAUCCAUAAAAGUUGAAACAAUCAAGCUGCUCUCGGAUCUACUUCAAGACAAAUCUCUCCUGCUUAAAAGAUAUACUAUGGAGAGGUUAGCUGACAUACAUCGAGUAUCUUGCAUAAACCGGUCUGAAAGCUCGGUGGAGAAUGAUGCAUAUGACUGGAUUGUUGGGAAGAUCCUCAGAUGCAUCUAUGAUGAAGAUUUUGGGUCAGAUAAAAUUGAACCCAUUCUCUCUCUAUUCUUGUUUCCAAAUGAUUUUUCUGUCAAGGAUAAGGUGACGAAUUGGAUCAGAAUUUUUGCUGGGUUUAACAAAAUUGAGGUGAAGGCUCUUGAGAAAAUACUAGAGCAGAAACAAAGGUUGGUGAAGCUGCUUUUGUUUAUGUUAGAUUUUCUUAUGUUGUUUGUCUUUGUGCAGGAAAGUGAUGGCUCUGAGACCCAAAAGAAAGUAAUGCUUUGUUUCCGUGUUAUGUCCCGAUGUUUUAGUGAUCCAGCAAAGGCGGAGGAGAACUUUAAGAUUCUUGAUCAGUUAAAAGAUUCAAAGUUUUGGGAACAUUUAAAGCAACUUGUUGAUCCAAACAUGAGCUCUCCACAGGGCAUCAGUUUACGGGAUGAUUUACUGAAGACCCUUGGCCACGAACAUCGACUUUAUGAGUUCCUGAGCUCUCUGUCGUUGAAAUGCUCAUAUAUACUUUUUGAUAAAGAUCAUGUCAAAGAAGUCCUUCAGGAGGCUGGUGUGCUGAAGACUUCUGGAAAUAAUGACCUAAUAUUAUCCUGCAUGACUAUUCUUGUGAUUCUUAGUCGAUUUUGUCCAUUACUGCUUGGUGGGAUUGAAGAAGACUUGGCAUGUCUUCUUGAGGAUGACAAUGAAAUAAUAAAGGAAGGUACUUUACAUAUUCUUGCAAAGGCUGGGGGUACAAUUCGAGAACAAUUGGGUGUUUCAUCAAGAUCAUUAGACCUUAUUCUUGAGCGGAUAUGCUUCGAGGGUAACCGAAGGCAAGCUAAGUAUGCUGUCCAUGCUCUGGCAUCCAUCACAAAAGAUGCUGGGCUCAUGUCACUCUCUGUUCUAUACAAGAGGCUUGUUGAUAUGCUUGAAGAAAAGAUGCAUUUGCCAGCUGUGCUACAAUCUCUUGGAUGCAUCGCACAAGCUGCUAUGCCAGUCUUUGAAACAAGAGAAAGUGAGAUUGAAAAGAUUGUAUAUAAAUUGUGUACAUUGCAGAUGGUCGAAGAUAAAGAACCUGGUUAUUGGGAUGAUAGAAGCGAACUAUGUUCUUUAAAAAUCUUUGGGGUUAAAACACUGGUCAAGAGCUAUUUACCUGUCAAGGAUGCCCAUCUUCGUUCUGGAAUUGAUAAGCUAAUUGAAAUCCUCAAGAAUAUACUAUCUUUUGGUGAAAUCUCAAGAGAGAUCAAAUCAAGUUUGAUUGAUAAAGCUCAUAUGAAGCUUGCUGCAGCAAAAGCUAUUCUUCGCUUAUCAAAGCAUUGGGAGCACAAAAUUCCAAUUGAUGUCUUUUAUCUUACACUGAGAACUUCGGAGGACAAUUUUCCUGAUGUAAAGAGAACAUUAUUCAACAAGAUUCAUCAGUAUGUAAAGGAUCGAAAUUUAGAUCCUAAAUUUGCUUGUACCUUCCUACUAGAUAUUUCAUCUCAGCAGUCAGAUUUGGAAGAGAACAAGCGGAACUUGAAUGACAUCAUCCAGAUGUUUCGACAAGGAAGGGGACAGCAUUAUUCUUCACAGGCUGAUCCGAAUUCUCCGUCACUUUAUCCAGAACACUUGCUUCUACAUGUGGUCCACUCCCUUGCUCAUCAUCCUUCAUUUCCCAAUAUUGAUGAAUGCAAAGAUGCAAAAGCAUAUGAAGCUAUGUACAGGCAGCUGUAUCUAUUCCUGUCUAUGCUGCUGGAUGGGGAAGCAGAUGGCAAUAAUGUCAGGGUUACCAAGGACAAAGGGACUGUUUCAUUAUUGUAUUCUAUUUUCUUAUGCAUCAAGCAUUCCGAAGAUGUUUUCGAUUCAACUAAGUCCAAGAAUUCAUAUGCUCUAUGCGAUCUUGGUUUAUCAAUUCUGAAAAGAUUAGCUCCAAAACAAGUUGAUCCUCAAGACUCAAGCGCGUCUGUGAUCCUACCGUCUAUGCUUUAUAAACCACUUGAAAAGAAAGAAGAUGAUGAGUUGCCGGUUGGUCAAGAGAAGACAUGGUUGGCAGAUGAUUGUGUCUUGGCCCAUUUUCAGUCACUUGAAUUGGAAGCUAAUGAAAUUGUAAACUCAGUUAUUGAGGAUGACAUCUUGAAGGAAAGUGAAACAGAGCCUUUAGCAAAGUUAAUGAAACGACUAAAAGCUAAAGCAGCAAAGGCAAGAAAAGAGGUGAAGAAUGAGCCUGCACCUGCUGUAGGGGCAAAUGCAAAUGAAUUUGAUAUAUUAGAGAUGGUGAAGGAAAUAAAUUCUGAUAAUCUCGGUACAAACAUCAAGCCUGGGUCAAGUAAUGGACUUGAGCAGGUUCAUGAAAAGGAAACGAGUAGCAAUAAGCUUCAGAAAAGGAAAUCACUGUUUAGUAAAUCAAUGGAUGUUCCUGUGCCAAAACGUAAGAGAACAGCAUCUACUCACUCUCGCAAGCCUCUUCAAUCAAGCCCUUCAAAGGGCUCUGGGAGGCCUACUAAAAUAAAUUUAGAGAAUACUGAUGUUGGCACUGAGAAAAUUGAUGAAGAGCUUCCAACUAAAUCAAAACAGCAACCUAUAAAAGAAAAAAUAGCUAAAUCGGCAGAGUCCGACUUGGUAGUUUCACGUGUUGGAAAGAAAUCAAGUGUAUCCUCUAAGCAGAAGGGCAAACAAUCUGACAGAGAUCAGAUGAGAUCAUUCAAAGACUCCUCGACUGCUAAGAAGUCAAAAAAAGUCGUAGAAACUGAAAAAAAACAUUCCAGCUCUGGUAAGGUGGUACAUUUGAAGAAGCAAAAGCAGAACAAAGUAAUAUCAAAGGUUAGUUGCACAACCAAGGAAAAUGGAAACUCCUCCCGUGACUUAAUUGACCAGCGAGUAAAAAUUUGGUGGCCCCUUGACAAACAGUUUUAUGAAGGUGUUGUGAAGUCCUUUGAUUCGGAGAAAAAAAUGCAUGUGAUAUCAUAUGAUGAUGGAGAGGUUGAAGUUCUUUGUUUAGAUAAAGAACGUUGGGAGCUUCUUGAUAAAGGCAAAAAAACUGAGAAGUCUGAUUUGCCGAAGGGCCUUCACCCUAAAGGAGGAUCAUCGGGCAAGAAGAAAAAAUCUACUGCAGGCUCCGAAAGAAAUAAAGAACUUGAAGAGAAGUCCCCGUCGUCUAAAGCAAGAGGGAAAAGUACUCCACACAAAAGUGUAAAACUUAAGCAAAAGGAACAGUCAAAGAGUAAAUCCACAGUGGGAAGCAGCGGACACCCAGGUGUCGCGCACCCCACUCUCAAAAAGUCUAAGCCCAAUUAUUUAGGCUCAGGGAAAGAUAAGAGUGGAAAGAUCAGGAAUAGUGGGCCCAAGGAGAUAUCGAGCUACGACGAGAAACUAACCAACAAAGAUGACGACAAGGGGUCGCCUGAAGCAGAACUAAAUAAAGAAGAGGAAAGUGAUUCUGAGAAUACGGAAAGUGACGAUUUUGGUCGUGAUGCCCGGAAAUCCCAUGAUGGCGCUGAUGACUCUUCUGAUGAGAUGGAGGUUGACAAGAAGGAAGAACUGGCUAAUGAAGCUGAGGACACGAACAACCAACUAACAUCUGAGGAAAAGAAGCCGUCUGAUUCUGGCUCGCUAGAUGCUGAAAUUUCUGAUGAUGAGCUUCUGAGCACGUGGAAGAAACGUGCGGGGAAGAAAUAA